CCAGACUCUGGGAAAUAUAUCCAGCAUCCAUCCCCGUUUCCACUCUCACACACUCUCUCUUUCUCUCUGUCAUCUCGAUCACUAUUCAGAUCAGACACCGGGGGUGACAGCUUAUUAUUAUUUAUCGACUGUGAUUUCAAGCCUAGAAAUGUUCAUCAAAUUUGCACUAGCCGCGCUGCUUCUCUCCGUCUUUGGUGAAGUGGUGGGAAUGGAUAAUGCUGAUGUUCACGAGAGUCACCCCGAGAAACCGGCGGCUCAGAAAGGACGUCUGUCGUUGCAGAAUACAGCGGAGAUCCAGCACUGCCUUGUAAGCGCAGGAGAUGUCGGUUGCGGUGUGUUCGAGUGUUUUGAGAACAACUCCUGCGAAAUCCGAGGCCUUCAGGAGAUCUGCAUGAACUUCCUGCACAAUGCUGGCAAGUUCGACUCGCAGGGCAAGUCUUUCAUUAAGGAUGCACUCAGGUGCAUGGCACAUGGAUUGAGGCACAAAUUUAGCUGCAUCAGCCGAAAAUGCCUGACCAUAAAGGAGAUGGUGUUCCAGCUUCAGCGGGAAUGCUACACGAAACACAACCUUUGCUCGGCCGCUAAAGACCACGUCAACGUCAUGGUGGAGAUGAUACAUUUCCAGGACUUGUUUCCUAAAGGGCCCUACGUAGAGCUGGUAAACAUCUUGCUAGGUUGUGGAGAGGAGGUGAAGGAGGCCAUUACCAGGAGCGUACGAAUGCAGUGCGAGCAGAAUUGGGGAGCUUUGUGCGAAAGCCUGAGCUUCUGUUCAUCUAUCACCCAGGCUCCAGCAUCAGGGCCCUCGGGUGGCCUAGAGAGACGCCCGGCAGGUUCAUCUCAUUCAGAGGUGGAGCACCCCAAAAGCCCUCGACAAGGGGACAAACCGGGUAAAGGCGGCUUCAAUUCUCACACGAGAAGUCGGAGCCAAAGCCACCGCCGCGCCGGAUUGGAUGCUGCCGUCGCCGAGCAGGAAGAUUCAAAGAUUAGUGACAUUCGAAGGUGAAAUGACAGGAGACCUUUAAACCCGGUCGCCAACAGACUGAGCAAAUGAGAGCAGACGUCCUAAUUCAACCCACCCUAUAUGUCUACACAUCUUUAAGAGUCAUUCCAAAAUUCCCGAACUGCACAUUUUGAAGGGUAAAUGCGGUGUAGCUUUUUUGAUACAGAAGAUUAUAAGACAGAAUGUUGAUUUUGUGGAAAAGCAGUGCUUAUAUUUUAAGUCUAAUAUUUCUCAAACCAUAUCCUCAUUUAGAUACAAUCACUUCGAUUAUUUAUUUUAUGCUUUAUAACACAUGUACAUAUAAAUUUAUGUAUAUCUAUAUUUAUAUUAAACGUGUCUAAAUAUAGCCUCCUUAUACAGUACUGAUAUACUAUAUGUAAUAUAGUUCAAAGAAUGCUUGCUGUUGUAUUAGUUACGUUAUUGCAUCAAUUACGCAUCUGACUGUAGAUAUGUAAGAUAGGUUUGUUUCAUUUGAAGUCGAUAAUAUGUGUGUAAUAAUUAUUUGAAAUACUUGAUCAACUAUAAGCUGUACAGGAUUAAGGUCCAGGUCUUGCACAUACGAUGAUUUGUGCUUAUUAGACGGAAAAAGUAAUGUAGACGUUUAUUGUGCCUUGAGAAUGUUACAUAUAGAGGCUUUACCCCAAAAUAGACUGCAGGAACCAUGCAUCUCUAUUAUAUAAAAAUGCCCAACUAUAAAGCCGUUUUCAGCUGUAUAUAUAGAUGUGCGCUUAGAAAUGCAAUGAAAUAUAAACACAAGCUCUCUUACGUCCCGAUAUGAUGAAGAGUCUUGAUUAUAUCACUAACGUUUAAUGUGUAAUGUGCUUUACUUUGCAGGGCUUUGCCCAAACAGAUUAGUUCAACACUUUAGUACAUAGCGUCUUAUGGAAAGCAGGCCCGCCUGUGUCUGACCAGGUCCAGAGACAGUCGCUGAUGUUUCCAAGUAAAAAUAGCAGUUUUCUCCCAGAGCCACUGAGAAAAACCAGAAGCUGGAACCAUAGUCGGCUGGAUUUAGACCCAGGUUCUAGUACGAAAGGAGCUCAGGGUAUUAGAUUGAGAUUAUUGUUUACGGUAGCUAUUAAAGAAUGUCGUCCUUGCCACGUUAUUGGUAAAAUUAAUGAAAUGGUUGGAACCGAUAGUCGGUUUGAGAUUAAGUGAGUGUAGUGCUAUUCAUCCACCUAAAGAUGACAGUAGUUACUUUGACCAAUCAUAUUUUUUUAAUUCACUCAGGAAUUCCAAUGAACGCGGGCAUAAUGUGAUCAUAAUCUUUGCAUUAAACCCAGGUUUUUUUUUUAUUUGUUACAAAAAUAGAAACAAAACUAUUUUAAUAGCAUUAUAGAUUCCAUGUCCAUAGCAUGUGUUGAAAUUGUUCCAAUUGAAAAAUAAAUAUUAGAGCUCAUUUCUUAAACAGA